AUUGGCCUCUACAUAGCAUUUGCAGAGUAGAAGCUUCACUGAACUCCUCUCUCACCUCUAUCUCUGUAGAAAUCUCUGAGUCAUGGGUUUUUCUCGUGGUGUUCGGUUGUCAAAUGGGUGUGUGUUAUUGGCUAUCACUGUUGGUCUGGUUCUGUUUGUGGGUUCAGUUAGCUCAUCUAAGUUUGAUCAGCUGUUUCAGCCAAGAUGGGCACAGGACCAUUUUGCCUAUGAGGGAGAGCUGCUGAAAAUGAAGCUUGAUAACUUUUCUGGUGCUGGGUUUUCCUCCAAAAGCAAGUAUAUGUUUGGGAAGGUCACCAUUCAGAUCAAGCUUGUAGAGGGUGACUCUGCUGGAACUGUCACCGCUUUCUAUAUGUCAUCGGAUGGUCCAAAUCACAAUGAGUUUGAUUUUGAGUUUCUGGGCAACACAACUGGCGAGCCCUAUCUGGUUCAGACCAAUGUGUAUGUCAAUGGCGUGGGUAAUAGGGAGCAGAGGUUGAACCUCUGGUUUGACCCCACAAAGGACUUUCAUUACUAUUCCAUCCUCUGGAACCAGCGUCAAGUUGUUUUUCUAGUGGACGAGACACCAAUACGUGUACAUUCAAAUUUGGAGCACAAGGGAAUACCUUACCCUAAGGACCAAGCCAUGGGAGUGUACAGCUCAAUAUGGAAUGCUGAUGACUGGGCCACACAGGGCGGAAGGGUCAAGACCGACUGGUCCCAUUCACCAUUCAUUGCCACUUACACAGGAUUUGACAUCAACGCCUGCGAGUGCCUGGCUACGGUGGCCGCUGCUGAAAAUGCGAGGCGGUGCAGCAGUGGGGGCGAGAAGCGAUACUGGUGGGACAAGCCCACGUUGGCUGAGUUGAGUUUGCAUCAGAGCCACCAACUGAUAUGGGUGAGGGCCAACCACAUGGUGUACGAUUACUGCACCGAUACCGCUAGGUUUCCUGCCACUCCGGUUGAAUGCCUUCACAGCCACCACUAUUGAGGUUGUUAAUUUGUUUGUUCUCAUGGUUUGUGGGAAGGGGUUCAAUCAUUGUACAAAUUGCAAAAAAAUCUAGAGACAUGAACUCCAUGUUACAUAAUUUUGGUUUGGUUGCUUAUUUGCCUAAUGUAAGAUAUCUUGUUGGACAAAUAUUAUUUCCUUUGUUUAUUUUCUCUAUGUUAAAAUUUGGUGCAGUGGCAGAAUACGAGUGUUGUUAUUAUUGCUGCGUAGAACCAUAGAGUUCUUAAAUUUGGUUACUUGUUUAUUUUCUCUAUUUUUUUAGACCAUUUUCGUUUAUAUAAAUCAUGCAAAUAGGAAGGCUCCAAAUGUUAUUAAAAAAUUGACACAAUUAGAAUUGAGCCAAUGUUAAUGAUUUUUCAG